AUGGGAAGAUACCUGAGUGCUAUAUCAAGCGUUUUUUUGCUGUUGAUUGAAAUUGCACAAAUAUGUUUGAGUGCAAAGUCAACUGUCCCUUGUAUAGAAAGAGAAAGACAAGCACUUCUCAAGUUCAAAGCCUCCCUCCAAGACCCAACAAACAGACUUUCCUCUUGGAAAGGUAUUCAUUGUUGCCGAUGGGAAGGUAUAGGCUGUGACAAUGUUACAGGACAUGUUGUCAAGCUUGAUCUCAGCAAUUCAUGUACUAUUAGACAAAUGACAGAUGAACUUGGAUGUGAUGUAGGUGAGAAUUCCUUAAAAGCUCCAAAUAUUAAUCCUUCUCUUUCACAAUUGGAAUAUUUGACUUACUUAGAUUUGAGUAAUAAUGAUUUCCAGUUCAGUCCAAUACCAAUGUUCAUUGGUUCUAUGCAACAACUCACAUAUCUUGCUCUUUCGUCUGCUAAUCUUGGUGGAAGGAUUCCCAAGAAUUUUGGAAAUCUCACUAACUUGCACCUUCUUGAUCUUAGUUUAAAUUAUGAUGAUACAGAUUCAACUUUAUACACUGCUGACAUCGACUGGAUCUCUAAACUUCGGUCACUAGAAACCCUUAACAUGACCAUGGUGGUUUUUAGGAAAGCUAACAAUUUGUUCAAAGUACUCAACAUACUUCCUUCCUUGUUACACAUUUCCUUGAGUUUUUGUGGACUUGACAAUUCACUCAUUCCUCACAGUGCUUUCCAAAACUUGACAUCACUAGUGUAUCUUGACCUUUCGUGGAAUUCACUUCAUAGUCCAAUUUCUGAUGCUUUCAGAAACUUGACUUAUCUUGAAACCCUUGAACUUUCUAGAAACAAUAUCACUUCAAUUCCAUCAUGGUUCAAUAAUUUUAAGAAGCUUAGCUUUCUUGAUCUCUCAUCCAAUGUGCUUCAUGGUGCAAUUCCUGAUGCUUUCAAAAAUAUGUCAUCACUUGUUCGCCUUGAUCUUGUCGGCAACAGUAUCAAUUCAGUUCCAUCAUGGUUUGGAAACUUGAAGCUUGUGCGUCUUGAUCUUUCAAGGAAUGACCUCGAUGGUCCAAUUCCUGAGGCUUUUCGAAACAUGACUUCUAUUGAAUCUCUCACCCUUGAUGGUAAUCGUUUCACUUCAGUUCCAUCGUGGUUUACUGAGUUAAAGACACUUGUAUACCUUGACCUUUCAUCGAAUAAACUUACUCCUAUCAAGUGUUCUCUUUCCUCAAUUCUCAUAAACAUGUGUCAUCUAAAGAGCUUAAGUUUUUCAGACAACAAGCUUCGAGGGGAACCAAUUGGAAGUUAUGAAUUAUCUGCAUGCAUUAGAUAUGAUCUAGAGACAUUAGAUUUGAGUCAUAAUGAUUUUAGUGAUCGCUUGCCAACAUGGUUGGGGAGACUUGAAAAUCUUGAGGAUCUUUAUUUGGAAUCAAACUUUUUCUAUGGUUCCAUUCCCCUUUCUCUUGGAAAAUUAUCAAAUUUGAGAAGAAUGAGUCUAUCCAAUAACAAGUUGGAGGGUCCCCUCUCUAAUGAUAUCGGACAACUUGUCAACCUAACCUACUUGGAUCUUUCUUUUAAUAAUUUUCAUGGUGAGCUUCCCAGGGGUCUCGGGGAACUUGUGAAUCUACAAGUUUUUGAUCUUUCAAAUAAUUCUUUUAAUGGCUCCAUUUCUCAAGUUCUUGGACAACUUGUAAAUCUAGAAAAACUUGACCUUUCAAGAAAUAAAUUACAUGGGAGUAUUCCUGAUUAUUUUAGCCAACUUGUGAAACUAAGAGAAUUGGAUCUUUCUUCAAACAAUUUGGAUGGAACAAUUUCUCUGGGAAAAAAUUUGUCUUCAAGUAUGCUUCAAUUGUCAGAAUUUGAUCUCUCAAAUAAUCAACUGAGUGGUCCACUUCCCAAAAAUAUAGGUUAUAUGAUGCCCCGUUUGAUCAACUUGCAUCUUGAAAAUAACCUCAUAAAUGGCUCAAUACCAAACUCAUUGUGCCAAAAUAAGUUGUUCACACUUGAUCUUUCAAAAAAUAGAUUCUCGGGUGAGAUUCCAAAUUGCUGGAGAGAUCAUAAAAAUUGGGAUAAAAUAAAUCUUUCGUUCAACAGACUAUCAGGUUCUUUUCCAAGCUCAUUUGAGAGUCUUUCUUCACUGUUAUGGUUGCAUUUGAACAGUAACAAUCUUCAAGGGGAGCUUCCAACAUCAUUGAGUUUUUUGAAGCAAUUAUUAAUUUUGGAUUUGGGUGAGAAUCAAUUUUCUGGCAGCAUACCAUCAUCAUGGACAACAAACACCUUUCCUUCGCUUCAUAUUCUUAGAUUGAGGCAGAAUAUGUUAAGUGGUAGCAUUCCUUCACAACUAUGUCAACUCACAUCACUGAAAAUUUUGGACCUUUCAUGCAACAAUUUAUCAGGUUCAAUACCUUGGUGCAUAGGCAACCUUAGAGGAAUGAUUCGUGACAAAUCAAAUACAGAAUUGACUACCCCAGCCAUGCCGCCUACAUCUGCAUCUUUUGGAUGGUAUACUGAGGAUGUCAAACAAAUCAUGAAAGGAACAGAAUUUGAUUAUGUCAAAAUCUUGAAGUUAGUAGUCAACUUGGACUUGUCAGAAAACAAUUUGGAUGGAUCCAUUCCCAAUGGAAUAACUUCGCUUACUGGAUUGAUUGGCUUGAAUCUGACAAACAAUAAUUUGAAUGGAGAGAUCCCUACGAUGAUAGGGAAUAUGAAAUCAUUAGAAUCCUUGGACAUGUCUCAUAACCAUCUUUCAGGAACAAUUCCAAACAGUAUAUCUGCUUUAACUACACUGAGUCAUUUAAACUUGUCACACAAUAACCUUUCAGGACCAAUUCCAAAAGAUAAACAGUUCUCGACUCUGGACGACCCAUCUAUUUAUGCUGAAAACCCAUAUCUUUGCGGGUCUCCACUUCCAAAUAAGUGUCUUGGGGAUGAAUUGCAUCCAGGUGCUGGGAAUGAAGAUGACAACGACAGCAAAGAUAAGGUAGAAAAAAUAUGGUUCUUCUUUAUCAUAGCAGUUGGCUUUGCAACUGGUUUCUGGGGAGUUAUUGCGGUCUUACUGUUGAAAAAGAGUUUUAGGUUUGCUUACUUUAAAUGGGUGGACGAAAAAGCAGAUGAUAUUUAUGUGGCAAUGGUAAUUAAGAUGGCAAGGUUAAAGAAGUUGAUGCCGAUGAAAAAUCGUAUCCGUGGUUGA